UGAUUGUAUCCGCAGUAUUUCUCAUCAUAUCAAUAUGUCUCCUUGGAUUCACAUUAGCAUUUACUCCGAUAAUUGGAAUGGCUUUUUUUUCAAUUUCACUUUCAUUAGGACAAGUAGCAUCAUUGACGUCAAUAUUAAUACUAUUACCUUUAGAUUAUAUUGGUACCGCAUUAGGGAUAUAUAAAUCAAGUUCAAAUAUUGGAUUAACAAUUUAUGAUAUAAUUGUAGGAUUAUUACAAGAUUUGGACAAAGGCAACUACGAUAUGGUAAUGAUAUUUUAUGUGAUCAGUAGUAUAAUAGCUAUAAUAGUAACCAUCAGCUUAUUCUUUGUGUCAAAAAAUUGGUGCGAUUGUGUAAUGGAUAUGAAGAAGAAUGAAAGGAAAGAUUAUUAUGAGAAAAAACCUGUUAGACUUGAUGAAAAACGCGGAUUUGUCGAAGAGAUAUUGACAAUUCAACUCAAAAAUAAAGAUAUUGGUCAUCAAUGA